AUGAGUCCGUCGCCGGGUGAACCCCCAGAUAGGACGAUACCAGAAUGGAUGGACCCACAAAACCUGCAUGGUCGUCUCUAUUACGUGAUUCUGAAAGCAGCUGAUGGACACAAACUUCCGCAGAAUCCCUUCAUUAUAGGCAGGUCAGUAGAGAAAGUUGGGAAAAUCGAAGGGUUUUUCGAAAAAAAACAAGGCUGGUACGUGAUCAAAACCCGAAGUAAAGAUCAGAUUCGAGAACUUGCUAAGUUGACAUGUCUGACCGAUGGCACGCCAAUUGUGAUCGCACGCCAUCCCAGUCUUAACAAACGAAAAUGUGUUGUCACUUGUCAAGAAGCCCAAUCAAUGGAUGAAAAAGAGUUGCUCGCUGAAUUGUCGCACCAAAAAGUGAUUGAAGUGCGGAGAAUCACAAAAAAAACUCCCGCUGGAGUUGUCGGUACACCUACGCUGAUAUUAACGAUCAGUAGCACGGUCAUACCGGAGUUUAUCCAUUUUGGAUUCCUCCGAGUGCGAACCCGACUCUACUACCCGUUGCCCCUGUUAUGUAGGAAUUGCCUUCAGUACGGACAUACAAAACAAAAAUGCACCAGCCCCCUCUCGUGCAGCAAAUGCAACUCGAAUGAGCAUGACAGCCAGAAUUGUAAAAAUCAUCCGUACUGUGGGAACUGCAAAACUGAAGGUCAUUCGCCAAUAAAUAGAUCGUGCCCGACUUGGUUAGCCGAAACAGCCGCCUUGAAAAUUACCACCGAACAGAAUAUUCCAAUAGCAGCCGCAAGAAAAAUGAUCCAGCAAAAGAACAGCACACCAACCACAUUCGCCAGCAUUGUAAGAACGGCAGACCAGCAACAACCGAAAACAACGAACAAUAGCACACCUCAACCACCAGCCCAGAUUCAACAGAAGGAAGCAAUUCAACGACAGCAGCAGACUACCCAACAGAAGCGAACAAAUCAAAUCACUACACAUCUCAAACCAGCAUCUCCCCCCCGGAAACGGAUAACCCCUCAACCCUCUCCAACGCAAUCAUCGGACGAGGCCGAAGAAGUACGUUGCGAGAAAGCAAAUGGAUCCCCCAGCCAAAUGGAACAGAUCAAAUCGAUUACCCCCAAACCCCCUCAACUCCCUUCUCCCUCUCCUAACCCCUUCCAACCUUCCCCUAAUAUUAAGACAAAUGACCCUCGGCCAGUGAAAACUUUCAUUAAAAAGUAA